ACCCAUAGGCUGCUAUUACUCCCACUCAGCACACCACUCUCACCUACGUACUUUUUACAUAUAUAUACACGCGCGCAUCACUCAUCUCUUAUCCCGUUGCCACCUCACUCCCCGCGCAAGUUAUCUAAUGGCCAUUGUCCGUGACCGCCGCCAUCUCAACCUCCGUCUGCCUCUACCGGAGGCUUCCGAGCACCGCCCCCGCUUCCCUCUCCCCCUCCCUUCCUCCACCACCACAACUAACACCUCAGCCGCUGCCACCACAGCCAUUUCCUCCGCAGACCUCGAGAAAAUCCAUGUACUCGGCCACGGGAACGGCGGGACAGUCUACAAAGUCCGCCACAAGCACACCUCCGCAAUCUACGCCCUAAAAGUAAUCCACGGAGACAGUGAUCCCGCCGUCCGCCGCCAGGUCCUCCGCGAAGUCUCCAUCCUCCGCCUUACCGACUCCCCCCACGUCAUCAAGUGCCACGGCGUCUUCGACAUUCCCGGCGGAGACAUCGCCAUCUGCAUGGAGUACAUGGACAUGGGCACCCUCGAGACGUUACUCAGGGACGGCGUCGUUUUCACCGAACGCCUCCUCGCCAAAAUCUGCCUCCAGGUACUGAGCGGGCUCCAGUACCUCCACUCCCACAAGAUAAUUCACCGCGAUCUGAAGCCCUCAAACAUACUCGUCGAUCAAAAUAUGCAAGUUAAAAUCUCCGAUUUCGGAGUGAGUAAAAUCAUGCAAAGAACCCUAGAUCCGUGCAAUUCAUACGUCGGAACGUGCGCGUACAUGAGCCCGGAGCGGUUCGAUCAGGAUACAUACGGGGCGAACUACGACGGCUACGCCGGAGAUAUCUGGAGCUUAGGAUUGGCUGUGUUGGAACUGUACUUGGGCCAUUUUCCCUAUCUGCCGCCAGGAGAGCGGCCGGACUGGUCGACGCUAAUGUGCGCCAUAUGCUUCGGCGAGCCCCCCACCCUGCCGGAGAGUGCAUCGGAAAAUUUUAGGAGUUUUAUUGAGUGCUGUUUGCAGAAAGAUUGGAGCAAAAGGUGGAGUGCCACGCAGCUUCUGUCGCACCCUUUCUUCAGCAAUGUUGAGGACUUGAAAUCGGUGUGAAGUUGCCGGAAUUUUGAAUUCAGUGAUUUUGGGGGAAUCAACAACUGAAAACAGAGAGAAUCUUUCAAUGUUUCUUGUGUAUAUUCUCUUUUUCCUGUUGUAAAUAUUUUGCUCAAAUAAUUACUCAUAAAUUAUCAUGAUAAUUGUAAUUGAAAUCAUCCCUAUAACUUGUUUAGAUACCAACA